AACAGCAAAAUGCUCUCCUAAGGCAAAAUUUUUUGAGGGUAAAUUUUAUUUACAUUUUUUUUAAUCACCACUCAGAAAAAGAAGGGGGGAAAAAAACACUUUGUAUUACAUACUAAUUUCAAUUGGUUUACGGUUUUUAAAGUUUAAACUACUAAUACAUCAUAUAAUUCUAAUUUUCUACAAGACAAAGCAAGCAACUGAGCAAGGUUCAGCUGGGCCCUGAUUCUUUCUCGGUUUAUCCAAACAUUUAGAAACAAAAAGGAUUACUUGGAAAUGCGGGCUUCUGUCAUAACCUCCGAUACUUGCAUUACAUUUCUCCUAGUUUUAAAAACGGCUUAUGACUCCCACUUUCUUGGUUAAUCCCAACGCCAACUGCUCUUACAACUUCUUAUCUUCGACUGUCAUGGCUUCGUGCUCUACCUUCUGCCCUCGUAUUCCUAACAACUUUAGAGUACCACCCAUUUCGUCGUUUCCGUCAAAACCUCUGCUUUCUCUUUCUUUCAAGGCUUUCUCUUGUCAGGCCUCUGAUGCUUCAUCCCAAGAUAAAUUUUCAGGCCAAGUCGGUUUUCUGGGUCUUGGAAUUAUGGGUUCACCAAUGGCACAGAAUCUCAUAAAAGCUGGAUGCGAUGUAACAGUAUGGAACAGGACAAAGAACAAAUGUGAUCCUCUCAUCAGCCUUGGUGCAAAGUAUAGAUCCUCUCCUGAGGAAGUAGCUGCCAACUGUGAUGUCACGUUUGCGAUGCUUGCUGACCCUGAAAGUGCAAUUGAUGUUGCCUGUGGAAAGAAUGGAGCUCUGAGUGGCAUGGGUCCUGGAAAAGGCUAUGUAGACAUUUCAACUGUUGAUGGUGCCACUUCUAAAAUGAUCAAUGGACAUAUCAAAGCAACUGGGGCAUUAUUUCUAGAGGCUCCAGUUUCAGGCUCCAAAAAGCCAGCAGAAGAUGGACAGCUGAUAUUUCUUACUGCAGGUGACAGAUCUCUAUAUGAUUCAGUUGCUCCACUCUUGGACAUCUUGGGGAAGUCAAGAUUUUACCUUGGGGAGGUUGGAAAUGGAGCUGCUAUGAAACUAGUUGUUAACAUGAUCAUGGGAAGUAUGAUGGCAUCAUUUUCUGAAGGAUUACUUCUUAGCAAGAAAGUGGGACUUGAUCCGAAUGUUCUGGUUGAGGUGGUCGCACAGGGUGCUAUUAGUGCACCAAUGUACUCUGUUAAAGGGCCAUCGAUGGUUAAAUCCCAGUAUCCCACAGCCUUUCCCUUAAAGCAUCAACAGAAGGACCUCAGACUUGCUUUGGGAUUAGCAGAAUCUGUUUCCCAAUCCACUCCAAUUGCAGCCGCUGCAAACGAACUGUAUAAGGUUGCAAAGUCAUAUGGCCUCAGUGAUGAGGAUUUUUCAGCAGUAAUUGAAGCAUUGAAGGCUAAAUCUCACGACUCGGCGUGACUCUAUAUAUAUAUAUAUAUACACAUAUAUACAUAUAAAUAUAUGUAUAUGUUAUUUUCGUUCAUGGGAUCCAGAGCUGAUGUAAACUGCACCUUCCUAUUGGUGAUUUAAACAUGCUUUUGAUAAGUGAUAUUUAGGUUAAGAUUCUUAUCCUGUAUAAGUAGUUUUAAAAUAACUAAAAUUUUACACUAGGUGAAUCUCAACGAUCCAAAAUAUGAGGAUCCGUACCCAACCUAUUUCUUUACACUACGUCAUGGCAAACACAACAUUUAGCCAGACCUUAUCAGAUUGGCCUCUAGUAUCGAUAGUAUUCCAAAGCAAAUCAAAAUACCAAUGUUUCUGAUGCAGCAAAAGCAGCCCCUGCCUCGUCUCUUAGCCGCAAAGCCCAUCUUCAAAGCUAUCGAUAAAGAAGAAGAAAGAACAAGAAUGUGCAGAGCUCCGGUACUACUAGUCCUAGGUUUGGGAUAUCCCACUACCACGCUGGCAAAUGGGAAUGGCCUCUUCCUGCUUUAAAAAUCGGUGUAAUUGUACUGAGAUCAAAAAAAUUAAACCAGGAAUGGAGAGUUGUGAAGACAAAAACCAACUUCACCUCAAUAAGUGCCAACCACCACGAAAUGAGACAAGCAUUAGGCCAAAAUUUUGCAUUAUCAAAUAGGUUGAUAAAUUUUGUACAGAAUUAUCAAUUAGACAAAAAUAGCAUAAGUUCUCUUCAACAUGACAGGAGAAGAAAUGGAAUAAAGAUCAGCUUGAAUUACUAAAUCGGACGAAACAAAGCCUAUCAGCAUAGAGCAUUAACUAAGAUAAUAAUGCACAAUGAGAGAUAAUCAUCUAAUGUUAAAGUGGAAAUAAAAAAGUUGAAAUGGAGAAUGAAAACUGAGGCAGUCCCCUUAUUCACUGUGUUAAAGCAAACACUAGUAUGUAAUGAUUUGCAGGGCCUAACAAUUUAAACUGCAUACUACCACUACAAUGGGAUGCAAUGCCAGACUCAACCAAGGAGAAACAAUUUGGAGUAUACUCAAGCCAAUUAAGAAGCAUUAAAGAAUUCACAAAUUCCUGAUUGUUUUGUUGACAGUGGAUAUCUAAGUAUCAAAAUAUCUAACGACUAGAUCACAAAUGUUACUCCUUGCAGAAACUAGAUAAAAGAGUACAGUACAUAACUUUUAACAGUGUAGACAAAAUAACAGGCCAACCCUACCUAAUGAAAAGAGAC